GGCUGGUCCAGAUGGUAAAUGCCUGUCUCCAGACUCUGGAUGGAGCCGGGAUGGGAUAGAAGUCCGUGGGGACACGUGAGUGGCACGCAUGGAUGAGAGGAUGGGAUGCUGCCCCUAUUCGUGGGAAUUUCCUUCUCAAGAAAGAGAAACUGAGUAGGGAACUCAUUUCCUUGAAUCGCCUCCUGGCCCUUCAACUGUGGUCUUUCCCGUUUUCUGAGUUUGCGGUGAUGCUGGGGACUUCCUUAGACCUCUCUGGAGAGGCUUUCGGUUCUGCAGAGAUUCCCGGGGGUAUUGGGGUGGUGGGGAACCAAGAGCGUGGCGCUCCCAUGUUCCUAAGUAAUCCUUCUCCCCUCUGCUCCCUUGCAAUCAAGAGAGUCUUUAGCCCUGCUGUAGGUGGCUUUUGAGGUCCUGGUGGAGUGGGGUGGAAAAAGGGCUCCUUUUGAGACCACUCCUCGUUCUGCCACCUUGGUGCCCAUCCCUUAAACUCCUGUGGGCAAUUAGACUCCCGGGAAGGUCCUGGGGAAAUCCCUGCUCAGUGACUAGCCAAAGAUCCACCGCGAUUGGUUCCCGAAGACCCCGCCCCCUUCCUGGGCGGGACUCCUAGAAAGGACUCUGAAGUGACUUGUGGCCUCGUUGGGACCCCUGUGAUCUGGCUGCUCUGAUCUCGCUCUGCAAUGCUGCCUUUGCCUCAGCUGUGCGCGCUCUGGGGCUGCUUGUUGACAGCGGUCCAUCUAGGACAGUGUGUUACGUGCAGUGACAAACAGUACCUCCAAGGUGGCGAGUGCUGCGAUUUGUGCCAGCCGGGAAACCGACUAGUUAGCCACUGCACAGCUCUUGAGAAGACCCAAUGCCAACCGUGCGACUCAGGCGAAUUCUCAGCUCACUGGAACAGGGAGAUCCGCUGCCACCAGCACCGACACUGCGAACUCAAUCAAGGGCUUCAGGUUAAGAAGGAGGGCACCGCGGUUUCAGACACUGUUUGUACCUGCAAGGAAGGGCAGCACUGCGCCAGCAAGGAGUGCGAGACGUGCGCUCAGCACACGCCCUGUGGCCCUGGCUUUGGAGUCGUGCAGAUGGCCACUGAGACUACUGAUACUGUCUGCCAACCCUGCCCGGUCGGAUUCUUCUCCAAUGGGUCAUCACUUUUUGAAAAGUGUCAUCCAUGGACAAGCUGUGAAGAUCAGAAGCUGAUGGUCCUACGGGAAGGAACAAGUCAGACUGAUACCCUCUGUGGUUUCCAGCCCCGGAUGCGAGCCCUGCUGGUCAUUCCCGUCGUGAUGGUCAUCCUCAUCACCAUCUUUGUGGUUUUUCUCUAUAUCAGUCUUACCCCCUGAGGCUCGAGGACAAGAUCCUGUGGAGAUAGAAGAUUAUCCCGGUCACAACACUGCUGCUCCAGUGCAGGAGACGUUGCAUGGGUGUCAGCCUGUUGCACAGGAGGAUGGUAAAGAGAGUCGCAUCUCAGUGCAGGAGCGGCAGGUGACAGGCAGCAUGGCCUUGAAGCCCCUGGUCUGAGCCCUGGAACUGUUUUGGAGGUGAUGGUUCCGGAGCAGGGGCCUGGCUCUGACAGCCGCUGACUUUUGAAGUUUGAGAGGAGCCAAGGCAGAGCCCGGUGCAGCUAACUUUCGUGCCUGCCCCUGUCAUCUCUCGACUUGCUUUUUAAAGAUGGAGGAAAAGCUUUGGCGUCAGGGGUCCGCAGUAAUAUCUACAGAGUGCAGCAAUGCAGGCCCAGAGAUGUCUUGCUGCGGUUUUCACUGUAAGGAGUCGUGGACACGGGAGUCCAUGACUUGUGGCUUGUGCUGCUAGAAGGCACCUGGUUGCCCAGCAGCCGGGGACUGGCUAAAUAAAUCUGUAAUUAUUUAUACAA